AUUCAUUAUUUCGCGUGCAUGCUGCAUGUGCUACGUACAGCUAGCUCUUUCACACACAGAUUUCAUCGCGUUAUCAGAUUGAGAAGCAUUGCACACGUGAAAGCUCGACAUUUAAACCGUUUUUUUACUCAUAAGUUGAAUGACACAUCCAUCCAAGAUGCCUGCUGCAGUCAAGGACUCGCCAAACAAGAUCUUUGUUAGCAACCUUCCCAAGACAUGGGAUGAGGGCAGAAUGGAGAAGUUGUUUGAAACCUUCGGCAAAAUUAGUCAAGUUAAUCUGAUGAAGAACAAAGAGUCUGGAGAUUCACGAGGGUUUGGCUUCAUCACAUUUGACACAGCAGAGGAUGCCAACGAUGCUAUCCAGGGCAUGAAUGGCAAGGAUGUUGAAGGUGUCCAGCUGAAGGUAGAUGCUGCGCUCAAAUCUCUACACUCUGGCGGAGGAGGUGGCAUGGGCGAUAGGGGCGGCCGAGGGGGCUUCAGGGGUGGCCGAGGAGGCUUCCAGAGAGGAAGAGGCGGACCCCUUAUGCGUGGAGGUCCAAUGGGGGGAUUCCCCCCAAGAGGAGGCCCAAGGGGCGGUUUCAUGCCAAGGGGGCGUGGUGGCCCUUACUCAAGGGGAGGGUACGGCGGAGACCGUGACUCCGGUUUUGAUGGAGGACCACCUUCCAGAGGAAUGGGGCGUGGCCGAUAUGAUGGACCACCGAGGGGUGGACCACCAAGGGGAGGACCAAGGGGCGCAAUGAGAGGAUCGCCUAGGGGUGCACCCAGAGGAGCUCCUAGGGGACGUGGAGGACCAGGAAGGCCACUGAUCGAUAGACCCCCAAUGGAGGAGAUGGACCAGGAUGCAGGCUACAACGCACCUAGAGGAAGCAGACCUCUACUUGGUAAAGAGCCCCUGUUACAGGACCCAGGAGCACCAGAAUUCAGACAAGCGAGGGAGCCCCUCGGACAUCCGAUGGAGAGACCUCAAGAAGGAUAUCGAAAUUCGCAACAGCGUAGGCCUGGCAUGAAUCCCGAUCAUCGGCAGCAGUGGUCCAACAAUGGCCGGAAUGGUGGUGGGUAUUCCGAUGGUGGUUUGCUUCCGACUCGCCAAGCGCAGUGGGACAGUGCACCCGUCAGACGAGAGCAGGAACCACUCAUGCGUGACAGAGAGGCUCGAGCUCCACCUCCAAUGGAACGUCUUACAGCUGAGCGCCCUCGCUCAUCCUUCCCACCAGAGCGUGAAGCAAGCUACGGCGGCGGCCGAGGUGGUGGUGCUGCUGCUUCAACUCAGUAUGGAGAGGAGAGCUACGGUGGAGGAGGAGCCCGAGGUGGCGCCGCCGGACGUGGUGGUGGUGGUGGCCGGGAGGAGUUUGGCCAGAGCCGCGGGGGAGGAGCCAGCUCCUACGACUACCAGGCUGAGUCCAGACCAACCAGGGCAGAGUAUGGGGCUGCGGCCUCUGCUGAUCCUCUCUUCAGGUCUAGGGACCCGUACGGCGCUGCUAACAGUGACCCAGCACCAGCUCGCCAGACCAGGGACAGCUUCAUGGAACGAGACUAUGCGCCCCCAGCACGAAGCGCCGACCCUUACGGUGCUGCACCAUCUGCCGCUGCAUCUCGUGGAUAUGGAGCCCGAGAGCCCGCCCUUCCCCGUGAUGCCCCACUGUCACGCGAAGCACCACGAGGGCGCGACCCCCUCCCGUCCAGGGACUACGCCCCUCCCGCCCGCAGCCAGAGGGAUUAUGCUGAACCGAGGCGUGAAGAGACCGUGAGGGAUUACGCCAGGGGAGGAGCCGGCGGUGGCGGCGUCGGCGGAGCCAGGGGAGGUUACGCUGAUGAAAGGCCAGCGGCUUCUUCUUUUGCUUCAAGAACCUUUGAAGACUAUGAUAAAGCCAGUAGCCGUGGAUACGGAGCUGCUUCUGACAGCUUUGGCGCUGCCAGGGACCCUGCUGGAAGUACGUCCAGCUCAAGAUCGGCCUAUGCCUCCCGCGAUCCGUACCCAAGUGGGCGUGGCGGCGAUCGUGCCGAAAAGCCCGGGUACGGGGACCCCUUCAGAUCCGCACCCCAAUCCUCCUCCUAUGGGGGUCGCUCCGCCCCCUCCGAUAGAAAUGGGGGCGGGGGCGGCCGCCCGUACAGCCGAUAUUAGACCACAAGAAAGCAGUUUGAAUGUGGGAGAAAAAUUGUAGAAUAAUGCCUAUCCAUGUAGGCCAAGUGAAAACAUCCUUUGGGCAUUCGUUGAAGAAUGAUUUGUAAAUAGGAAUGCAUUUUUAUGCGAUGCAUCUACCAUAAUCAGUGAAUAUACUGUUGUUGACCAUAUGUGUAUCUCGUGAUGUUCCUAGUGUUAUGGAAUCCUACAAUGGGUGUAUUGAUUGUCCGGAAAGGAUUUUAUAUUGGACUACAUUGAGAGGAUAGUUUUUAAUAUUUGAGAUACUGUACAGUCUUGCAACUUAUUUGUAAAGUUUUAAGGGUGAUUACAUUUUUUCACAUAGCAAAGAGGUUUAUUAGCAAAAUUAAUGGAAUUACUACCACAGUAAUGUCAAUCUCAAACCUGUUGAAAACAGUAAUAAUGGUGUAUCUGAAAACUAUGUCUUCAAGAGCAUGAAUAAUGGUAAUCUACUUUCUACACACAACAAAAAAUAAAAUGAAGCUUGAUGGAUUGAAAUAAACCCCAGGGAAUUUGCUAAUGUGGGGUAUAUAUAAUUGUUUUCUAAGGUCAAGACAGUCAUCCAAGUCUUAUGCAUUUAGAAUUGAGAGAGGAGAGAAAAAGAAAGCAGAAAUAUAAUUUCCAACAGAAUCUUUUUCAACCAUUACUCCAAAUAAAAGCAUCAUUAAAACAAUUUUUUUUAAAUAAGAAGCACCCCCCCCCCCCC